AUGUCUAGUGAUGAGCAAAAAUAUGAUGAUAUUCCAAGGGAUGUUAUAAACAAAAGAAUUCAAUUUGAGGAUCAAUUAGCAACAAUUCAUUAUGUUUGCCCUGUCCCACCUACAAAAGGUAUAUGGUAUGGUGUUGAAUGGGACAAUAUUUCAAGAGGAAAACAUGAUGGUUUACAUGAUGGUGUAAGAUAUUUCACAUGUAGUGUUCCAAAUAGUGGAUCUUUUAUUAGGCCUUCUCCAAAAAUACAUUUUGGUUGUAAUUUGGAUACAAUUUAUUGGGCUGGUAAUACAAAAAUAGAGGUUGAGGCUAUAGGAUGGGAAAAGAUUUGUAGAAAACAAAGGCAAUUGGAUAGAUUGACAGAAGUAGGUUUAUCUUUUGAACGAAUUUCAAAUGCAGGAAAGCCUGGAGAAAUCGAAACAACUUGUCCAAGAGUUGAUAAUCAAGAGUUUCCAAAAUUAAAAUAUUUAAAUGUUAGUGAAAAUAAAAUCAAUGAUUGGCAAAAUGUUAAUGAACUUAAUAGCACUUAUUUUUGUAUCUAUAAUAUAGAUAUAAAAGCCGAUGAAGCAUAUAUUCUAAUUGUUGGUAGAAUUAAAGAAUUAAAAAUGAUGGAUGGAAGUCUGAUAUCAUCUAAUGAUAGAAUUGAUACUGAAAGAUAUUAUUUGAGAUUAUGCAUCAAGGAUUUGAAAUCGCCUGAUGAAAUAGAGAAACACCAUCCUAGAUUUAAAGAAUUAUGUGAAAUUCAUGGUGAACCUACUUUUGAUGAUAGAAGUUUAAAAGCAACUACUUUGACUAUUACCCAUAGAAAAUCUCUUGAUGAAGAGCCAAUUAAAAUAAUAUCAAAAAAACUUUUAGGAACUUUAACUUUGAGAAAUUUAAAAAAUAUAUUUCAAAAAUCAUUUGGAAUACCAGCAUCACAACAAAGAUUAUAUGGAACUGUAAAAGGCACUUCAAUAUCAAAAAAAUUUGAAAAUUAG